GACGGUUCUGGAAGCUGUCAGUCGGGAUUUUCUCGAACGGUCUAAGAGGGUACAAAAACCGGAAAGAUACACAGCUCAGACAGACGUUGCCAGUAACGUUAGCAGCGAACGGGAGCGACUAGGACACCUCUAAUACCGGAGCUUUCAACGCACACAAGAUGCCUGAGCUACAUGACCAACCCAUGGAGGAGGAGGCAGAGACCUUUGCAUUCCAGGCUGAAAUUGCUCAGUUGAUGUCCCUGAUUAUUAACACUUUCUAUUCCAACAAAGAGAUCUUUCUUAGAGAGCUCAUCUCCAACUCCUCUGAUGCCCUGGACAAAAUCCGCUAUGAAAGUCUUACUGACCCCUCCAAGCUUGAUUCUGGCAAAGAACUGAAAAUUGAAAUCAGUCCCAACAAAGAAGAGCGGACCUUGACCCUGAUCGACACGGGCAUCGGCAUGACCAAGGCCGACCUUAUCAAUAACCUGGGCACUAUUGCAAAGUCCGGCACCAAGGCUUUCAUGGAGGCUCUGCAGGCUGGAGCUGAUAUCUCCAUGAUCGGUCAGUUUGGUGUCGGUUUCUACUCUGCGUACUUAGUAGCUGAGAAGGUCACCGUGAUCACCAAGCAUAAUGAUGACGAGCAGUAUGCCUGGGAAUCCUCAGCUGGAGGCUCAUUCACAGUUAGGCUCGACAACUCUGAACCACUGGGCCGCGGAACCAAAGUGAUCCUGCACCUGAAGGAAGACCAGUCAGAAUAUUUUGAGGAAAGAAGAGUCAAAGAGAUUGUGAAGAAGCACUCGCAGUUCAUCGGCUACCCUAUCACACUCUUUGUGGAGAAGGAGCGAGACAAGGAGGUGAGUGACGAUGAGGCUGAGGAGGAGGAGGAGGAGGAGAAAGAAAAGGACAAGGAGAAAGAGGAGGAGAAUGACGAGGACAAACCUGAGAUUGAAGAUGUUGGAUCAGAUGAGGAUGAUGACCAUGACAAAUCUUCAGACAAAAAGAAAAAGAAGAAGAAGAUUAAGGAGAAGUACAUCGACCAGGAGGAGCUGAACAAGACAAAACCCCUCUGGACCCGCAACCCAGAUGACAUCACCAACGAGGAGUACGGAGAGUUUUACAAGAGCCUCACCAACGACUGGGAGGACCACCUAGCAGUCAAGCACUUCUCAGUUGAGGGCCAGCUGGAAUUCCGUGCUCUGCUCUUUGUGCCUCGUCGUGCCCCCUUCGACCUGUUUGAAAACAAAAAGAAGAAGAACAACAUCAAGCUUUAUGUGCGCAGGGUGUUCAUCAUGGACAACUGUGAUGAGCUCAUUCCAGAGUAUCUCAAUUUCAUUAGAGGUGUGGUGGACUCUGAGGAUCUGCCCCUGAACAUCUCCAGAGAGAUGCUGCAGCAGAGCAAGAUCCUGAAGGUGAUCCGCAAGAACCUGGUCAAGAAGUGCCUGGAGCUGUUUACUGAACUGUCUGAAGAGAAGGACAACCACAAGAAGUUCUAUGAGCAGUUCUCCAAGAACAUUAAGCUUGGUAUCCAUGAGGACUCCCAGAAUAGAAAGAAGCUAUCAGAGUUGCUGCGAUAUUACACUUCAGCCUCUGGAGACGAGAUGGUUUCACUCAAAGACUACGUCACACGAAUGAAGGACAACCAGAAGCACAUCUACUAUAUUACAGGAGAAACUAAGGACCAAGUUGCCAACUCUGCCUUUGUGGAGCGUCUUCGCAAAGCUGGCUUGGAAGUCAUCUACAUGAUUGAGCCGAUUGAUGAGUAUUGUGUCCAGCAGCUGAAGGAGUUUGAGGGAAAGAACUUGGUUUCAGUAACAAAGGAGGGCCUGGAGCUGCCGGAGGAUGAGGAAGAGAAGAAGAAGCAGGAGGAGAAGAAGGCUCAGUUUGAGAACCUCUGCAAGAUCAUGAAGGAUAUCUUGGAGAAGAAGGUGGAGAAGGUCACAGUCUCCAACCGCCUAGUUUCUUCACCCUGCUGCAUUGUCACCAGUACCUACGGCUGGACGGCCAACAUGGAGAGGAUCAUGAAAGCUCAGGCACUGAGGGACAACUCAACCAUGGGAUACAUGGCUGCCAAGAAGCACCUCGAGAUCAAUCCUGACCAUCCCAUCAUGGAGACUCUGCGGCAGAAGGCAGAGGCUGACAAAAAUGACAAGUCCGUUAAGGACCUGGUCAUCCUUCUGUUCGAGACUGCCCUUCUGUCCUCAGGAUUCACACUGGAGGACCCUCAAACUCACGCCAACCGCAUCUACAGAAUGAUCAAGCUUGGUCUUGGUAUUGAUGAGGAUGACAUGCCAUCAGAUGACACCACCUCUGCUCCCACAGAAGAAAUUCCUCCUCUUGAAGGCGAUGAUGACGCAUCCAGAAUGGAAGAAGUGGACUAAGCUCUUUUCCUCUCUCCAACUAGUGUUAAAAAAUAGUUUGUUGUACAGUUCAAUGCUAAAUGUUGUAAAUGAGCUCAGAAUGUCUCCUGUUAUCCAUUGUUUAUUUUCCCGCUGGUCACUUUAAGCGCAGAUCAUUUCCAAUAUUGGACUUUAUUUUCCAGUUGUUAAAUUGUCAGGUUUUUGUACCUCAAGUUUUUGCACUGCAUUUGUUUUAUAUUUAUUGACAUUCCACAGUUUGUUCUUUCACUGUAAUUAUCUCUACGUUGAUACUGUUAUUUGGAACAGUUGGGCACAUAAAUAAAAGUUGAACAAGUGAAAA